AUGGUUUUGCAGUCGAUUGGAUGUGUUUGCCCAGCCCACUCGGGUGAACUGAGGGCAGCACUUCGGCAGAGUACUUUCACAAAUUUGCUUUCACAAAUCUGCAAACCCAGCCAAUUCGGCUUUCAAACCGAGCUUAAGUACCAUAAACAAGGUGUGCUUUGCAGGCCAAAGCUUGGUGGCCUGUGCUUUGCAGUGACCACAUUGGGCCGAGUCCAUUUGGGGCGAUUUACGUCAUGUGGGUAUCGUGACUUCCUCACAGGUUUACUGUAUAAGCGGCUGAUUCCUACGAACCGUGGAGCUUGGGUGGCGAUGCUUCCAGUGUGGCUACACAGAAAUGGAGGCCGCUUGCUCAUUGGGGGAAGUCAACUCACAUGGGUCUUGUAG